AAGGAUCAUAACAAGGAAGUCGUUGUUGUGUCAUUAUUAUUUUUGAUCCAAACUCCAGCUGAUUACACUGUCUUUGCAGCGGAGUGCCACUGCUAUCGAGCCAAUUUGUGCCUUUGUAUGUUAACAUAUUAGUCGAGUCAUUAAGUAAACUACAAUGCAGCGAGUCAAGACGAUACUUGGCCAUUUGUCCCCCUCGUACACCUGUGAAAACACCUUUGAACCGAGACGGGACUUAUCGGGCGGUGAGUGCGGAGCGGCUGCGGCUGCGGGUCCAGAGGACAUCGUGGUGGUUCACGGCUUGAGGACGGCGAUCGGGAAAGCUAAGAGAGGAUCAUUUAAGGACACCACGCCUGACGAGAUGCUGAGCGCUGUGAUGGCAGCGGUCCUCAGGGAUGUGGGACUGUCACCCAAUAAACUGGGAGACGUGUGUGUAGGUAAUGUGCUGCAGCCUGGGGCCGGCGCUCUGAUGGCCAGAGUAGCACACUUUCUCAGCGGGUUUCCAGAUGCUGUGCCUGUGUACACCGUCAACAGACAGUGCUCCUCUGGGUUGCAGGCUCUGUUUAACAUAGCAGGAGCCAUUAGGACGGGGUCCAUUGACAUGGGCCUUGCCUGUGGCGUGGAGAGCAUGUCAUUGCGAUCAAUAGGAAGCCCAGGCGAUGUGAGCUCCAGGCUGAUGGACAAUGAAAAGGCCAGGGACUGUAUCAUCCCAAUGGGCAUCACCUCAGAGAAUGUAGCAGAGAGAUUCGGGGUCUCCAGAGAAAAGCAGGAUGCCUUCGCUUUCAAUUCUCAGCAAAAAGCCAGCAGGGCACAGAAGAUGGGACUGUUCGAUCAGGAGAUUGUUCCGGUCACCACCAAGUUUGUGGACGACGAGGGCAAAGAGCGAGUUGUGACGGUAACCAGGGAUGACGGGAUCAGACCUGGAACAACACUGGCGGGCCUGUCGAAGCUCCGACCGGCCUUCAAACCAGAUGGCAGCACCACGGCAGGUAACUCCAGCCAGGUGAGUGAUGGAGCGGCAGCAGUGUUGGUGGGUCGCAGGUCUGCGGUUGAGGCUUGUGGUCUGCCGGUGCUGGGGGUCCUGAGGGGCAGUGCGGUGGUCGGGGUGCCCCCUGAUGUUAUGGGCAUUGGACCAGCCUAUGCCAUCCCUGCUGCACUGGAGCUGGCAGGGCUGACUGUGGCUGAUAUUGAUGUGUUUGAAAUCAAUGAAGCCUUUGCCAGUCAGGCUGUGUAUUGUGUGGAGAAGCUGGGAAUCCCAAUGGAGAAAGUGAACCCUAAUGGAGGAGCCAUCGCAUUGGGUCAUCCUCUAGGCUGCACCGGGGCUCGUCAGGUUGUGACGCUGCUCAAUGAGCUCAAACGCAGAGGCAAAAGAGCUUAUGGCGUGGUGUCCAUGUGCAUUGGGACUGGAAUGGGAGCAGCUGCUGUCUUUGAAUAUCCUGGACCGUAGGAAGAGACAAAAAUCCAAGGAGACUUGUUGCUAUAAUUAGAGCGAGUGAUUUAAAGCACUUUGAGGCGCCACUAAGUGAAAGUGGUUUGGCCGUUAAUUGUGAAAGUUUUGCAGGGAAUCUCCACUUAAGUGUCCUCAGCUCCUCGUAGCAUUGAUUACCAUAAAAGCCUAUAUUUCCUAUCGCCGGUCAUUUCAAAUUGCGAUUGAUUUAAAGUGCUUCAAUUUAACAAUAUACAUUAUAACAACAUAACAGUCCACUCUUAUGUUUAACUGCAUGAAUCAUGCAUUAAUAUGUGAUGAAUAAGGAUCUUUUAAACAUUUAAUUUAUAGCAUCUUGGGACCAAUCCAACCUGGAGAUGAUGUUGUGUUUGCAAAUGGAUGUGAUGCAAUGAUUGUCUGUCCCUAUGCUCAUCUGAAACUGUGAUGACUUUUUAAAUAAUUGUAGAACUCCGUUAAACAGAGGAACAGAUUGUUACAGUACAGAUUUUCUUUGUGAUGAGUGAUGAGUUGUUAAUUUAACAAUAUACCUCUAUUAAAAGAACACAGAAGAAA